UCUCUGGACCCUACCCCGCCGACACCUAAACCUCUGCCACAACCAACCAACCAGAAGAUCUCUCUCUCUCUCUCUCUCUCUCUCUCUCUGUGUUUCAGACACAUCACCCAGAGCAAACAUCACUGAUAACACAGUGAAGAGAUUUUUCAUUUUCCGACACCGCCGCCGGAGAAAAUGGCUUCUCGGUCCGCGGAAUCGAGCUCCUCCGCCGGAGAGCUUUCCGGCAACGGCAACCGGGAAAGCUAUUCCCUCAAACACCUCAAUCCCAACAAGCUCUCCCACAAAAUCUCCAAACCCCUCAUCAGGAAACCCACCGCCCUCCCCAACAAUCUCGAACCCCUUCUCCCCAACCUCACUCAACCAGCCGCCGCCGCAACAGUCGCCGAUCAGAGCCCGCCGCCUCACCAGCCCCCCCAGCCACCCGUCUACAACAUCAGCAAGAGCGACUUCCGGGACGUGGUCCAGAGGCUCACUGGCGCGCCGCCUCACGAUCCCCCACCGCAGCAGCAGCAGGCAGUUCAGGUCCAGCCGCCGAGGCCCCCCGCCAGCUCCUCCCGCCUCCAUCGCAUCCGGCCCCCUCCGCUGGCGCAGCUCAGCGCCCGCCCUUCUCCUCUGAUGCACUGCCCCGUCGACCCGUCAGUAAUCCCCACCUCGGACGGCUCUGGAAAUCCAAUCGCCCGGCCGGUGCCUCCCAUGUCGCCACUCCCGCCCCUCCCGGGCGUGCACCUGGCGGCGGAGUCCCCGGUUUCUGCUUACAUGAGGCGCCUCCGUGGCUCGUCCACCGAUUCCAGGCCCAAUCAGCCCUCCUGUCUCUCCCCCCUAGCCCCUCCACGCUGGCCUUCCGAGCUGGGGACGAUUCCUCCCGGGGCUGCAAUAGGGUCACAACCACAGAGCCAGCAUGCGGCGUCGCCGCUCUCACCAUUGCCAUACCGUCUGAUUCCUCCGGUGCCGCUGUUCCCUCCGACUUCACCGAGCCAACUUAUGGGGUUCCCAUUCCCACAGCUGCCGGUCUCCCCCACCGUCCCCAGCCCCAAGCCUUAAAUUUUGCGGACCGAAGAGUUCCUUACGACAUCGUAUAGGAGCUGUACAUUCUUCUAGGUUGUAGGACGAAUAGAAAGCCGAAGCCGUUAUAUUUCAGGCCAAAUUUCACGUCGGUACUCGUCAUUCGGCCCGACUGGAUUACUACUCAGCCGCCUGUGUUGGAAGGAUGUCAGCAAGGUAUGUUGUUCAAAGCUCUUAGCAUUCGACAGCCCGGAAAGUCUGAUGGAACAGUGCAAUUUCCUACGAGAUGAGUCUAGUGAAUGCGUAGUUAGUGUGGGUCCUGUCUUGAAGGAUAUCAGCAAGGUAUGUUGUUCAGUGGGGAAAAGGUUAUAGUUAGGGGGGCCAUUUGUUAAAAUUUGAUACUCAUAUGGACUUUGUUUGAAUUUGUUCAAAGGCUUAAAAGCUUUGGUUUUUCUCUGGUUA